ACUCAAAACCUUAUAAGUAAAGGUUGGUAAGCUCCACCAAUCUUCUCAAGUAAGGUUCGCAUAGUUACGUUCCCGUAAACCUAGGGUUUUAUAUUAUGAAGUUCUCUGCUUGGUUUCUUUCUUUGGCCUCUGCUUCGCUUUGUGUCUCUUCGGUAGCUCACGCUCAAACCUUAACUUACUCCAAUCCCAAUGUGAAUCUGAGCAAAGAGAAUCCCAUGGUCAUGAACAUGACCCUUGGCGAUUGUACUCCUUACGGUCUCCCUGUAAACAGUGCCAUAUAUGACAUUCAGUACAAGCUUACGGGUGUCUUUUCUCGUGAUUGGGACUUUGUGAAAAAAGCUAUUGAAGAAGGCAAAUAUCUGGAUGCUGUUGCUGCUGCUAACUUGGUAAACCCGGAUGGAGGUGUUGCCAACUUGACUUAUGAUAGAAUCAUUGAUAUGAUAGCCAACGAAACCGAUCAUAAACAAGUUGAAUCCCUACAAUGUUUGAGGAAUUUAAUUGACAAGCAACAAAAUAAUGUCAUGACUCUUAUGGCUGUUCCUGACUCUACACCCCAUAGCCGUUUUAGUGAUACUUUAGAUGCCUCUAUUGACCGGCUAAAUACUGCAGGCAAAUCCAAGCGUGGUUACAUUUGGGGUGACCUACGUAACGUUGGCGAUUGCUAUGGUAGUCAUGCAGCUGUUCGCAGUGAUUGUGGUCAUGCCAUUGCCAAUGCACAUACAGGUAAAAUAUAUAUAAGCAAUAGGGAAUCUUCGAUAAACGUUUACGGCACCUGUUUCUUUUCAAGUGAUACUCAAGGUGUAGGGACACAUGAGAUUGAAACAGAGAUUCUCAAGCAAGAUGCAUGGAUGGUUUUUUGGAACUGUUUCAACAGAAAUGAUGAUAGCUCUAGGAACAGUGGUGAAGUUGAUGACUAUAACAAUCUAGCCAGGGUUUGUUUGAGUGAUCGCGGUAGUGGUUGUUAAGGGGGAAAAAUUCACGUUCCUUUCUUUUUUUUUUUUCAAGACCGUCUUUCUUUUUUGGAAUAACUUAUAAGCAAUCUUUUUCCCUUUGUAAGGGAUUUCUACUUCUUCCCUUGCCCUAUAGCAAAGGUGUCGACAUUGCUAAUGAUCGUUUAUCCCCGAAGGAACGUAUCGAUUCGUUUUUUCGGGCGUUUUUUUUUAAUUCCCAUCUAUAAUUCCGUUUAGACCCUGGACCAUUUCGUUUAGGAUUCCCUAUAGAAUAGUAUGUACACCUACACAAAAAAUAAAAUCUAUAUGUAUAGUGUUUAUCGUCA